CAGGCGGGCCCGGAGCUUCCCCUGGAGCCCAGAGUCCUUCCACAACCCUCGGAUACCCGGGGCUUCCUGCGGCCCCCCUCGGCAGGCCUGUAGGCCGUCCCUUUCCUCCUGGUGGCCCUUGUAGUGCCCCGGUUCCCAGGAUGAAGAUGAAGUAGAGCUCUGGCCAUGGACCAUGACGCUCCCACCAUCAGGCCCCGCCGCAUCCAGAACCAGAAUGUCAUCCACCGCCUGGAGCGCCGCCGGAUCAGCUCGGGCAAAGCUGGCACCCAUUGGCACCAAGUCCGUGUCUUCCACCAGAACGUCUUCCCCAACUUCACCGUGGUCAAUGUGGAGAAGCCACCUUGCUUCUUGCGCAAGUUCUCCCCUGAUGGCCGCUACUUCAUCGCCUUCUCCUCUGACCAGACCUCUCUGGAGAUCUAUGAGUAUCAGGGCUGCCAGGCAGCGGAAGAUCUCCUGCAAGGCUACGAGGGAGAGAUCCUGGCCAAUGGCAAUGACCAAAGAUCUGUCAACAUCCGGGGGCGGCUCUUUGAGCGCUUCUUUGUCCUGCUCCAUAUCACCAACGUGGCCUCCAAUGGGGAGCACUUGAACCGUGAGUGCAGCUUGUUCACCGAUGACUGUCGCUACGUGAUCGUUGGCUCUGCCGCAUACCUGCCCGAGGAGCCUCAUCCCCCCUUCUUUGAGGUUUACCGCAACAGCGAGUCGGUCACCCCCAAUCCCCGCUCCCCCUUGGAGGAUUAUUCCUUGCACAUCAUAGACCUCCACACGGGCAGGCUGUGCGACACGCGGACUUUCAAAUGUGAUAAAGUCAUCCUGUCUCACAACCAGGGGCUGUACCUCUAUAAGAACAUCUUGGCCAUUCUCUCUGUGCAGCAACAGACUAUUCAUGUCUUUCAAGUAACACCAGAGGGUACGUUCAUUGAUGUACGGACUAUCGGCCGCUUCUGCUACGAGGACGAUCUCCUGACUCUAUCUGCAGUGUAUCCCGAGGUGCAGCGGGACACUCAGACGGGGAUGGCCAACCCCUACAAAGAGCCCUUCAUAAACUCUUUGAAGCACAGGCUGCUGGUGUACUUGUGGAGAAGGGCUGAGCAGGAUGGGAGUGCUAUAGCAAAAAGAAGGUUCUUCCAGUACUUUGAUCAGUUGAGGCAGCUCCGCAUGUGGAAGAUGCAGCUUUUGGAUGAGAACCAUCUGUUUAUCAAAUACACUAGUGAAGAUGUGGUCACGCUGCGGGUGACAGAUCCCUCCCAGCCUUCAUUCUUCGUCGUGUACAACAUGGUGACCACAGAGGUUAUCGCCGUGUUUGAGAAUACGUCCGAUGAGCUGCUGGAGCUGUUUGAGAACUUCUGUGACCUCUUCAGGAAUGCCACCCUGCACAGUGAGGCAGUCCAGUUCCCCUGCUCGGCUUCCAGCAACAACUUUGCCAGGCAGAUCCAGCGCCGGUUCAAAGACACUAUUGUGAAUGCCAAGUACGGAGGGCAUACGGAGGCCGUGCGGAGGCUGCUGGGCCAGCUCCCCAUCAGCGCCCAGUCGUACAGUGGCAGCCCCUACCUCGACCUCUCCCUUUUCAGCUAUGAUGACAAGUGGGUGUCUGUCAUGGAGCGGCCCAAGACCUGCGGAGAUCACCCGAUAAGAUUUUACGCUCGUGAUUCUGGCCUCCUGAAGUUUGAGAUCCAGGCGGGACUCCUGGGGCGACCCAUCAAUCACACAGUACGACGCCUGGUUGCAUUCACCUUCCACCCCUUCGAGCCCUUUGCCAUCUCGGUGCAGCGCACUAACGCAGAGUACGUGGUUAACUUCCACAUGAGGCACAGCUGCACGUAGUGUGACACGUAGCUGGGGCGGCCACUGUCCUUGAGUCUGGGCCUCUGCUCCAGACGCACCAAAGCCAGACACUUGCACCUUCUAGGAAACCAAACCAUCACUCAUGUCAAGAAACCUGACCUGGGAGCUCCUACCAGCCAGCAUCUCAGAGGCCCCUCAGCUGUGGAAAGCUGAUCUGGUCAAGUUAGGACUGUGAAUGUUUCUUCUGACCCUGUUUGUACUGUGGAGGUCCUGCUGCAUUAAGUGCUGCUGUCGUUCCCUACUCCUGUUGAUGAACAAAGUAUAACUGAAACUCCUUUCCUGGUUUCCCAGAGAUGUGUCUCUUUUCUCUCCUGUUGUGGGUCAGGCUCACCUCUCUGUCUGGGAAGAUCAUGGAACAGAUCCUCCUACCAGCUAUGCUAAGGCACGUGGAGGACAGGGAGGUGAUUUGGGACAGCCAGCAUGGCUUCACCAAGGGUAAGGCCUGCCUGACCAACCUAGUGGCCUUCCAUAACAGAGUAACUACAUUAGUGGGCAAAGGGUGGGCUACAGAUGUCAGCUGUCUGGACCUCUGUAAAGCCUUAGAUACUGUCCCCCACAACAUCCUUCUCUCUAAAUUGGAGAGAUAUGUAUUUGUUGGGUGGAUGAGGAAUUGGCUGGAUGGUCACAUCCAGAGGGGAGUGGUCAAUGGCUCCAUGUCCAGAUGGAAGUGAGUGGUGAGCAGUGUCCCUCAGGGGUCCCUGUUGGGGUCAGCACUGUUUAGUAUCUUCAGCACUGAUACAGACCAUGGGAUCGAGUGCACUCUCAGCAAGUUUGCAGAUGACACCAAGCUGAGUGGUGCAGCUGACAGGCCUGAGGGACAGGAUCCCAUCCUGGACAAGUUUGAGAAGUGGGCCCAUGUGAACCUCAUGAGGUUCAGCAAGGCCUGGGGAGAAAAGGCUCUGGGGAGACCUUAUUGCAGUCUUUCAGCACUUAAAAGGGGCCUAUAAGAGAGAUGGGGACAGACUUUUUAGCAGAAUCUGUUGUGAUAGGACAAGGCGUGAUGGUUUUAAACUUAAAGAGCUAGGUUCAGACUAGACAUGAGGAAGACAUUUUUGCAGUGAGGGUGGUGAAAUACUGGUACAGGUUGCUCAGAGAGGUGCUGGAUGCCCAGUCCCUGGAAACAUUCCAGGCCAGGCUGGACAAGGCUCUGAGCAACCUGAUCUGGGUGAAGAUGUCCUUGUUCAUUGCAGGGGGGUUGGACUAGAUGAGGAGGUCCCUUCCAACCCAAACUGUUCUAUGAUUAGGAUGGCAAAGAUGGAGCUUUGCAACACAUCUGUGGACUGCUCCUUUUUGCACUGGUGCUUUUCUACCUUGUUGAGACAAACAGCCUAUUGUAGAGGGAGUGGAUAGGAAACCAUGGGGAGGGCUUGAAAAUACCUGUUUGUAUCUUGAGUAUUACUGUGGAAAUGAAAUCCUUUUCUCAUCCACACAAUCUACUUGUGUGAUUUUAAUAUGCAAGAGGUCAGGAAAAAAAAAAGGGGGGGGUGAGAAAUCACUGCAAUUGAGAGACAUGAGGUGUGUUCCUGACUCAUAUGCAAGUCACUUAAUCUUUGUGCCUUAGUAUCUGUGAAAAGUAGUGUGUCAAAACCAGACAGCCAGGGCAGCUGCCUGUGUCACUAGCACAUGAGGAGGUGGGUACAGAAGGAGGAUGGCUGGCUGGGAAGGGUGAGGGGAGCAACAGCAGCUCCUUGCUCACAUCAGAAGGACUUUCCUGCAGCGUGGGGGUGAAUCCUCGCAACCAUCUGCAGGUUCUGCUGCUGAGAGGAAGGGAGACCCAGCUGCUGGCACCCUCCUGUGUGUUCGAGUAUUAAUAACAUUUGGGUUUCCCUGGAAAGGGGUGAGGAGACCUGAACUAAUGUGCAUUGCUGCAGGUUUGCAGUUACGAGGUGGGCUUAUUGACUUAGGUUGCUUGUUCGAUGUGCUGUUCUCUGUGAGAACCAGAUUUGCUGUUCUGGGCAUCAGCACAGCUGGCUGGUGUGGCGAUGCUGCCUGGACCACCGCGGUGUUUGUGCUGCCGAUAUUAUUUUAUCGGGUAUGAUAUUACGUGCCACUGUGGACUGAUGAGGAUGCUGGCCCUUCUCUCUUAAAACGUGGAGUUUUUGGCUGUAGGCCACAUUUUGGGUUUUUCUGCACGCAGGCUGGUUUAGGGCUGUGCCACCAGGUGGUGUGGCCAUCCCAGCGUCAUGGCCUGCUCCAUUGGAAGCUGGAACCUGCUGUCAUCCCUUUCCCAUGGGAGGUACAGAGGGGCAUUAGAAAAUUGGUGCUUACACAUGGGAGACUCUCUGCUUUAUAGGACCCUGUGGGUGUCAUGUUGGACCAAAAUGAGCUCUGGGUGAUGUGUUGUGGCCACAUGCCUGUGAAGAGCAGUAUUGAAGCCAUGCAUUCAUUUUGCAUGGUAAUGCAUAGGAAAAUAACUGUGGGGGUUGGUGGUACCUGCUUGUAGCAUAAUGGAGGGUGCCCUGGGGUCCUUGCAUCCGCGUUUACUCUCUGUCUCAUCUCUCCUCUCCUGGCCUUGCUAAACAUAUUUCCAGGGUAAGGCGUAUUUCACUGCUCCUUUCCUGGUGUUUGCACUGUUAGUUUCUCAGCUCUGUCAGAAGUGACUUCAGGUCAGACGACUGCUAAUAGAGGAGUGUCAGGCAAUGCGUGCUUUAGCUCCAGGUUCUUCUCCGUCUAAUAACACUAUUUGUCAAGGUUUUAGGUUUUUAUCCUGUGAUCCGUUCCUCAAACAUUCAGUUAAACCUCCAAGUGGAGAAUCAUUUGCACAUUGUAGAUCAUGGAUUUACCUCCUUCUGCACUGCUCUCACAUUUGUUCACACUUCCAGUAUGAGAUGGUUUUUCUUUUCCAAAGCUCUCAGCAGCUCCAUCCAAGACUGGGUUUACUCCUUGGCAUCACAGCCUGGGAGGUCAGUCCUUACUAAAUUAGCUGUCAGAUCUUGAUUUAGAUUCUUUGGUGGCAAAAAUAUAAACCAUGUAGCAUUUCUGCAGUCAGAGAUUUUGCUUUUUGCAGUCCUGUGUGAAGCAGAGUGUGGCACAAAUUGUUGGGCUUGGGCCUGAGAGACCAGAGAUCUGUUCUUAGCUCUGCUAUUAAAUUGUUCUGUGACUGGGGGCAAAUCUCUUCCUGUUCCAGCUGGUGUUUUCUUCUCUGUAAAUGAGGCCAAAAACAUAUUUUCAGCUUUUGUAAAACACUUUGAGAUUCAUGGAUAAAAAGUGCAGGAUAAGUGCUAAGUAUUUUCUUAUUAUGUUUGCAGACAAACUGAUUGAUCAUUCUGGGUACUAAUUGCCUUGGAGUACUAUAGCAGAUCCUCUGGUCUUGGCUGAUGCAUUUUAUAUCUACAGCAGAAUUAGUUUUAUUACAGAAAUGUAUUGAAAGAAAAGUCUCUCAUGCUUGAAAUUUUGAUUCUUUUAUUUAAGAAACAAAAAGUGUGCGUGUGGUGGGGAGGGUGGGAGGAAAGGGGAGAUAUUUUCUACCUGAUAUUUUUCUUAGGCUUGGAUGAAGAUUUGUUAGCAACACAAGAUAAAAGUGGAAUAAAUGGAAUUUGCUUUAAAA